AUGUGUGUGUAUGAACGUGUGCGUGCACAGUAAAAGCCAGCAAAAGAGCGACGAGGGGGCUAUUAAAAGGAGCAAUUUUUGACACAACAAAGGAAGUUCUCGGCUGGUCUGGAUUAAACGUAGCCCGUAGACGUGGUCCGUGCGUCUGUGUUGGUUGAUGUAGAGGAAGGGAGAAGGAAGGGAGAUGGGGGGGGGGGGCACAUCAUAAAGUGUAAAAUACGCAAUCAGCCUGGGCAGUAGUGUGCGUGUGUUACGGAACACAAGGCUUUCACAUGCGUACACAAACACACACACACACACACACACACACACACACACACACUAAAAUGCACACAGUCGCUGUCGGGUGGCAGUGCUGCCUGCCCUGAAUUACAUAUGCGCGCUGACUGCUGCAGUGCUGCCAGCAAUACACUUUGUUUCGAAUCUGUCACUGAACGUUGUCAAACGCGAGAUAGGAUUCGAAUGUGUGUGUGUUAUUAGAAGAACAAAAAGCAACGUUAGAAAAGGAAGCAAAUAUAUGCCCUGCGGGUGCGUAUGUGUGUACCGUUUGUGAGAGGAAAAGAGACAGAAGAGUGUAGAAACGCACACAGACACACACACACACACACGUUCACGCAACACACUCGCAUAACCCUGGGCGCCUGCAAGCGUGUGUGCGUGCAAAGUGUAGCAGUGUACGUGCAGGAAGCGAACGAAUAGAACGACGGAGCGCCGCCAGGUAGCGCGAGCGCUGACCAAGAACUGACCCCAACACGACGGCAGAAGGCAGGCAGGCAGGCAGUCAUAUCAUUGUAUUGCACACGACCGAGCGCACACGUUUUCUGUCCCGAGGAACCAUUUCCCAAGUCGUCUCCUCUGUCGCUUAUCGCUCUGUGUGCCCUUUAUUGUUGUGUUGUGCUUCAUUGUGCAGUGCUGUGCGUGCCUUCCCUCUGCCUGUGUAGAGCAGGGCCAAAGAUGGUGGCGGCCACCCUUGUGUGUCGAAGUCGUAGUCGUUGCUGGUGACGACAGAGUGUAGUAGGCGGCGCUGUGGUGUGGUGUGCUUCCGUGUGCCAAAGGGAGUGUGCGGAGGAGCAGCAGCAGCCCCGCUGAGAGCGUCAUGGCCCCAACCUCCCCAAUCCGUGUAGCGCUAGCAACGUGCGCGCACACCUGACACACACGGACAUUGAACAAUCGAACAAAAUGACAGCCAAACAACAAAGUGUACGCAACGCCACAAGCGCAAGUGUGCAUUUAUUGGCAGCGGAAAACGGGUUCUCUCUGGUGCGAUCGAAGUGAAAAAUCAAUCACCCAUCUUAGUGCAUGUUUAAAAUGUGUCACAGAUUCUUCUCUUCCUACUAAUGGUGUGAAUCGUCCAUUUUGUCCGUGAGACAAACGGCAGGGCAGCAGCAGCAGGAUCAUCCGCUCCGGAGCAGUCAAAAGAGCGGCAACGACGACGGGGCGAUCGCGAGUGGCAGGUGGAGGCGCGCAGAAAAGGAAGACUAAAUCGUAACAGCCCCCAGCAAAGAGGACGAAAAGCACGUGGCCGCGUAAACUAAAGCUUGGCUAAAGCACACACACACAUCCCGCUAACACCAGAGUCGUCCACUGACGCCACUGCAACCACACAGACACCACCAGUCAUGGAGCUGCGCGUUGGCAACAAGUACCGGCUCGGGCGGAAGAUCGGUUCCGGCUCGUUCGGGGACAUCUAUCUCGGCACGAACAUCUCCACCGGCGAGGAGGUCGCGAUCAAGCUCGAAUGCAUCAAGACAAAGCACCCGCAGCUGCACAUCGAGAGCAAGUUCUACAAAAUGCUCCAGGGCGCGGUCGGCAUCCCGACGAUCAAGUGGUGCGGCUCGGAGGGCGACUACAACGUGAUGGUGAUGGAGCUGCUCGGCCCGUCGCUCGAGGAUCUGUUUAACUUUUGCUCGCGCCGCUUCACGCUCAAGACGGUGCUGCUGCUCGCCGACCAGAUGAUCUCGCGCAUCGACUUCAUCCACUCGCGCAGCUUCAUCCACCGGGACAUCAAGCCGGACAACUUCCUGAUGGGGCUCGGCAAGAAGGGCAACCUGGUGUACAUCAUCGACUUCGGGCUGGCGAAAAAGUACAAGGACUCGCGCAGCAUGUCCCACAUCCCGUACCGGGAAAACAAAAACCUCACCGGCACGGCCCGGUACGCCUCGAUCAACACGCACCUGGGCAUCGAGCAGUCGCGCCGGGACGAUCUCGAGUCGCUCGGGUACGUGCUGAUGUACUUCAACCUCGGCACGCUGCCCUGGCAGGGGCUGAAGGCGGCCAACAAGCGCCAGAAGUACGAGCGGAUCUCGGAGAAGAAGCUGUCCACGCCGGUCGAGGAGCUGUGCAAGGGGUACCCGCGCGAGUUCAGCCUCUAUCUCGCGUACUGCCGCCACAUGGACUUCAUCCAGCGGCCGGACUACUGCUAUCUGCGCAAGCUGUUCCGCACGCUCUUCCACCGGCAGGGCUUCGUGUACGAUUACGUGUUCGACUGGAAUAUGCUCAAGUUUGGGCGGCCGAACCUGAACGCGUUCACCAGCAUGAAGCGUGGCCAGAGCCGGACACCCAGUGCCACCCAGAACGAGCAGCAGCAGCAGCAGCAACAGCAGCAGCAGCAGGUGCAACAGCAGCAGCAGGUGCAGCAGGUGCAGCAGCAGCAGCAACAGAAGCAAAUCGCCAACACCACCUCGGUAACGACGCCGUCCAAAGUGGCCGGUGGCGGCGGCGGUGUGGUAGUAGCCGGCGGCGUCAACAGCGUCAACAAUGCCAACAACAGCAGCAGCGUCGGUACCGCGCUCGUCAGCAGCCACGCGACCUCGGGCGGCGGCGUGGUCGGUGGCAACAGUGCGGCGACAGCGGCGGCCGUAGCGGCUGCCGCCGCCGCCGACAAGAACAAGGAAAUGUCGCCCCAGACGCGCCACCUGCUGCAGCAUUUCAUACGGACGGAGCUACAGAAGGGCCAGCCGCCGGGCGGUGCGGGUGGAAGCGUGCAGCAGCAGCAGCAACCGGGCGGCAUGGUGAUGGGCGGCGGACCACAAACGCUCGGCGGCCAGCCGUCGGCGCACAGUAACAACAUCAACAACAACAGUGGCGUCGGGGGCGGCGACCCGAGCGUGGAUGCGGCGGUGGUGGCAGCUUCCUUCUCGCGGCACGAAACGCCCGAGCGCCGCUCCUCGAUUCGUCUGCGCGGGCAAAAUCUGGACGCACGGAAUGCGGAAUAAUAUUAAAUGUUUCUCUAAUUUGUUUACUUCUAACCCGCGCGCGCGCACACACACACCCACACUGUGUCGAUGUUCAAACUCGACACGUUCUGGACAAACACACACAGAGGAAUACACACGUUCUAAAGAAGAGAGUAGAAAUCUGUUCGAAAUAGUUUUUGGUGAUGUUUUCCUACAAAUCAAUUGCUUUUUGAGUUUUUGAAUUUUGUUCUCUCCAUUGCUCCGUUGGGUCAUCAGCAUCUAUCUCCCGAACAAAAUAUCCCUAUAAAAUGUUAGGUAAAAAAAAAAAACAAUGGUCCAUUUCUCCAAACAGAUUCCAAACAAAUUUACAUCAUAGUAGGUAUCGAAUCAGAGACAACUCUCAAAACCAAUCACCUAGGUAACCAGUUAAACGCGCAAGCAAAGGAGAUAAACAGACGAGCUGUGGCUGCGGCAAAUGUGGGGUGGGGGAUAACAAGCGAACACACAAUUAGUGAUUGUGGAAUGAAGGAUGAUACCGCGUUUGGUACGAUAUUUGGCAUGUAUGGAUCAGUAGGGCUAGGACGUAAAAAACCGUUUUGCUCACCGCUUAGAAGCUCUCGCGCGUGUGUUGCUGUGAGCUGCGUGCGUGCGUUCGUGCGUGUAUGAUAGGAAGAGGAAACAUGAUGUGUAAGUAGCGCGCAUACGACUACGCUACAUGCCUAGCAAAACUAGUAAAACAAAGUAGAGAAAAGGGAAGUAAAAACGCGGCACACAUAAAUAGAGAGAGGAAGAUUUGCAAGAGAAUUAACGCUCGCGCGCCAGGACAAAGUCACUGUUCUUUAUUUUAAAGGCAUGUAGACUGAUAAUCCGAUCCCCCUCCAUAAACGUUUUGGAGUUACACACAAACAAACACACACACACAACCACACAGUUAAAGAGCAACACAGUGCUCUACUACCGCGCAAGGAUUAGAGGAGGAAAUCGCAUAGAAAAAAAGGGAAAAUCAAUCAAAUUAUGUGAACUUUUUUCUAGGUCAUACUCGCUUGUAUGUUGUUAUUUUAUUGUUUUCUUAUGUUUCGGUAAACUCAUUGUGAAGAGAGAGAGCGAGAGAGAAGAAAAAAAAACCAAUGCCUGUGCACGCUUCUGUUGAUUAUUUCCUUUACGUUUCCGCAUUGCCCAUACAUGAUCUUGUGCUGUCUUUUUGUAUCCUUCUAGCGUGUAUAUCACGCUUCCUUCUGGUAGAGUUGUGUGCACGCGGUCAAUUUGCGUCACGCUCACUUGAUCAUUUACCGUCAGGCAGGAACCGGACGGACAAAACGCGCGAUCCUUUUUUCGUUUUUUUUACGUUUUGCGCGCUUCGUUGUAGGUUUAUUAUUUGUUUGUUUUUUCAUGUGAAUGCAAUGAUCAAGAUCUUGCCACUGUUAAGAAGCGCAUUUUUUUUGCGAAGUUUGCUAAUGAAGAGCUUUCACUCCAUCUCCACCCACCCCCAAAUCACACAUACACACGCGCAUCGUCGACCAAUGCCAAUGAGUGGACACUAGAGAGAGAGAGAGAGAUGAAACGAAGAGAAGGGCCAGACAAGAGAAAAGAGACGGCAUAGAUAUUUGUGUAUAAAAGCAAGGGCGGGCCGAUGACGAUGGGAGCAAAGGAUAAUAGUAAUGUUUAAAUGAAUUUAGCCAGCCAAUCCUGCAAGGAAGAAGGUAGCCAACAGUGCAGUACGUGGCAUUACUGAUGUAAAAAAAAAGAAACCCCCCGGUGCAGAGGAUAUUUAGGCUAGCGAAAACAAUAUGUGUUGUGGGAAGGAAAGUAAUCUUUUGGGGUGUGAGUGUGGUGUGUCCAAUCGCCCCACGAAGAGCAGCUCAGUAUGUGGGGGGCCAAUUGGGUGGCAAUGUAGCAGGGGAGAGUGAGCAAAAAAGAAGACGCCGUUAAUGUGACAAGUGAUAGUGAAAAAUAUGAGGUGUGUCCGUGUGUCUGUGUACUACUACUACUACUACUACUACUAGUGCUCUAGCUCUAGCUGCUGCGCCUGAUGACUAUUAAGAAGAAGAAAAAAAAAGGAAAACAAAAGCUUUCUCUCUGUUCUCUCGAAAGUAAGUCUGUAAACAUUUGAAUGGGGAUGGGUGGAGAAGAAGACGGAGAAGAAAGGAUAUAUGGAGAGUGUUCAGUGUGGUGAAGGUUUAGCAAACUUUGACUGCGACACAGCCGUGCAAGCACAGCAGGACAGGAAGAAGAGAUAGGAGUGUUGCUGUAUGUGUUACACUUAUAAAUAGGCAAAAGAAUGCAAAGGAUAUAGGAAGUGAAGCCCACACCACGUGGUACGGUGGAUUUAGAAUAUUAAAGUACACGUGAAAGAUGAUACACAACAACAACACACUUAUACACGUUGGGAAGGGUGAAGAAGCUGCUUUAAUAUGCGAUCCCACAUUUCGUCUUGCAUCAUCUAACGUAUGAUCCAGUUUAGCGUGUUAUUGUGACUAUAUACUAAACCAGAAACUAAACACAAAACAAACCAUCAAAUGAAAAAAAAACAACUAAACAUACAACUAUACAACCUUUACACAGCCAGCGGCAGUAAGAGCCCGAAAUAGAAGCAAACUCAAACUCAAACUAACUUAAUCGUCAUCAUCCCCGGCUGUAGCGGUUUAAUACUAGGAACAGUACUGAAUAUCUACACCUACUAACGAAGCAGAGUGGAAGAGGGAUAAGAAAAACCACUUCCCACGCGUACAGCAACAAAAACAAGUAACAACAACAAGAUAACAAUUUACAGAAGAAAAAAAAACACACACAACUUAUACAUUAUAUAUACAUGUGUAUGUAGGUGUAAGGCAUAACAGAAGCAGAAGGUGUAGAAGCAUAAAUAGUGCAACGAAAAUGAAUUACUAGCAGAACAAACUGUUUUUUGGGGGCGAGUGGGGAUGAAAAAAAGCAUCGAUCCUACAAACACAAACCCCCGAGGCCGCCCCCCGGCAUAGUAAAAUGCAAGAAGAAAAAAAACACAUUAAACAAAAACCACUCGAUAAUCCCCUUCGGUGUGGUUUACAUUACGGUUACUUUAAGUUUAAUAAGUAGACCAAGGAGAAGAAAACAAAACGGAACGAAGGAAGAGGAAAUCGAGAAAUAUGAUAAACAAGAUGCUUUUUUGUGUGUGUGUGUUUGAAAAACAAACACUAGACGGUGGAAGCAAGCUAAGUAUGACGACUGCAAACACACACACACACACACAUGAUGUUGGUGGCGAAAAACAGAAAAUAUUGGGUUUAGAUUAAGGUGUGAUAAUGGAAGGAUGGCAAGGAAAUGAAAGGAAGCGAUGUGAAGAAAGCUGAAAGGAACGUUAGUAUAGCGCCACACACCUGUACUGCGAAGAAACACGCUGAAACAACUGAAAAAAAGAGAGAGAGAGAGAGAGAGAAACGAGAAGGGAAAGGAGAGGGAAAAAACAUAACGAAACACACACACACACACUCUCUCUCUCUCCUUCAAUGAACAGCUGCAUACAAUACACAAUACAUAAAUUACAGCAUAAAUAGUACGAUCGGGAUCGGGUGCCUGUGCAAUUGAUGGGUUUUCUGCAUGCGUGCGUGACGAAUGAAUGUGGUUUACCGUAUAUAAUUAAUAACAUUACAAAACAAUGGCGCCAGGACAGUGGCGCGUGUGUGAGUGGACAAGGAAGAGAACGUAAGAAAUGAAGGAAAGGCUGUUGCGCUGCCCACCACACGAGUGCUGUUGGGCGGCGGGAAAGGGUUCAGAUGGUUGAGUUCGUGUGUUGGAAAGGACGGAAACGAGAGGAGAAAAAAGGACAAGAAAAGGAAGUAAUGACAUUUAAGAAUAUUUAGUAAUUAGUAACCAUCGUAAAGUGAAGGAGAAGAAAACACACAUUACAAAACAAGAGAAACAAACAAACAAUAUACAUAAACACUAAAAAAAAACUAGAAGUGGAUAGAGGAAAACAAAAACACACUACUGAUAAAAAGAAAUGAAAAAGAAAGUAAAGUAAAACGGAAUGUGUGCACUUUAAUGUGCAAAUGGUAAUAGCAAAACAAUUACAGCAGCUACAAAACAAACAAACAAAAAAACAAAAAAAAAUGAUAAGGAUCGAAUACGUACACAGAAGAAGGAAGCGAGCGGCCCAAAAACCCGCUCAACUCCGUGGCUUGGAAUGAGAUGAUAAAUGGAGAAAGAGUAGAGAGAGUAGUAACGCUUGCUUGCAGGCAGGAGAGGCAACAUAUACAGACUCAUAUACAUUACCCUUUAUCGAGACGGAUCGGCAUCCAAGCCCGCGGAAUGGGAGAAGAUAAGGAGAGCGGGCGUGUUGUGGGUUGACAACAAUGGGACAACAACCGCGCACCACACACUCUCCUGAUCUUCAACAACGACCCGGACGCGGCUUGGAAAGGAAUGGGACACACUACCAGCAGAUGCAGAUGGGAAAACAGAAUGAAGUUUCGCUAUAACGAUUGAAGAGAAUAAAUCAUGUAAAACCGA